GUCCGCGACAAGCGUCCGUCGUCGUUACACGCAUGCGCGAUCUCCUCCCAUUGGCCGAUUUGAAUUUCGGAUUCGAACGUUCUAACCGACCGGCCAAUCGCGUUCGAUCGUUUGAUUUCUUUUCGUGUCCACUUUUUGCGUAUAAGUUUUGUUCCGUUAUUGUGACCUGUGGUUGUGACAUUAGAAGACAGUGUGUAUUAAAAGAAGCUGAUUGUUUUACACCAGAAGGUCGGAUGUUUUCUCACGUUUUCUGAUGUAAAUAAACAACGCGCAAGAAAAACAGGCCACCCGAGCGGAUUAUUGACCCAGUCACGAACGGUCACCGGAACCAUUAUGCCUUAUACAUCCAACAGUAUCUGAGCGGACCUGACCAGCAUUGCGAACGGGAAGCACCGUUAAUUAUGCCAAUUUAUUAGCAAGCACAAUGAUGGAAGAAGUAACGCCUCGUCCCAGUGUCGAAUACAUCCCUCCUUUACCCCCAAAGGUGAAGCAAAGAGGAUCGACCACUUAUACACAAAUAACAAGUGACGACGCCAGUAUGAACACAAACGGGUUCACCGCCACCGACGUCCGGAUGGACUCGCUAAGUUCGAUGCACUCACUCGUCCUUAAUUCUAAGACACCAUCUGCAACGGUAUUCGUUGCGGCGACCCAGUCAGACCGACCCGCGAGUACGCCUAGCACGGACGCUCUCAACGGCCCACACGUGGUCACUAUCAGAAUAAACACAGACGCAGAUAAACCGAAAGCGCCAAAAAUAUCAAGUGUUCAUCUCAAAAGUGACGUCGACUUCGAAAGUUUCAAGAUUAACGACGUGUGCAAGAAAAACAACAGCUUAGUCAGAUUAAAUGUUGAAGAAAACAGACCGAAAAUACUAGAAAACGAAGAUCUUCUGAAAACAGAUAAAGCGCCAUACAUAUAUUGCAAUUCUUUCAACUCAAUGACCAAUAUGGUUAUGUCAAGCGGGCAAUGUUCCCCUAGUGACACACUGGACUCGGGAACCUGCAGCGACCUUGACGGCACUCCUCCACCUUUACCCAAAAAGAAAACCUCAAAAAGUAGUUCAAUAAAGAAAGCUGUAUCUGUAACGUUAAUCAGCUCGAGAAACGGGAGCAACCAAAGCGAAGUAGAUUUUGAAGACAAUGACUCGAAUAUAUCAUGCGAUUCUCUGAAUAGUAGUGAGCUGAACGUAAGCGUGCACGCCGAUGAAAGUCAUAGCGAAUAUAGUAAAAAAGAAAAGAAACAGAGUGCGGAAUCACCCGACGCGCCGGAGACGGUAGCCAAAGCGAACAAUAAAGACAGUAGCUUUCUACCGCAGGGUCUGCUGCAAGACAUAAGAGACCGUUCAGCGAAACUAAAUACGGUCGAAACUGAAAGCGAGGCGAAGCCCGAGCUGCACGAGGAAGCGAACCAGAAUAUUAAUGAGGAUGCUAAUAUUUCAAAAGAAAGCGCACAGCUCACAUCGUUCCGUCUAGUUUCUCAGUAUAAUAGCGAGUGCAAGAACACGACGGAGUCGCUGCCCGCGACCUUGUGCUCCAAAACGCCGCUGAUUAGCGAGAGCACUUACGAGGAACGAAAGCAACAGGACAAGAUGAAACAAGAGCAACUGAUUUACAGCAGCCACUACUUUGAUACGGACAAAUAUUACGACUUCCAUCUAAACGAAAAACAAUUUGAUGAUGUGAAAAGUGUUAGUGUUGGUUCUAAAAGUGAGAGUGAAGUGUCUGAAUUGGAAUACUUUGCCGGUGUGAAGGAUUAUAAAAACGAGGAGAUGCCAUCGACGAUAAAAAGUUCUAAAGGAACAAUAAGGGGCGUGAAGAACCGCGUUCGGGCGGGCAUCGCGACGUUUUUGCAAAUACAGAACACGACAAAGAGUUACAAAGAAAAAGACGCUGGCAAGGUGGUAGUGUACACGACGACGAUGGGCAUCGUCAGGAGUACUUACCAACGAUGCGUUCUCGUGAAGAAGAUCCUGAGGAACUUACUGGUGAAGUACGAGGAACGGGAUGUCUUCAUGAGCACCGAGUACCAAGACGAGAUCAGGGACAGGAUGAAAAGCGACCAGAUCUUAGUCCCGCAGCUGUUCCUUGAUGGACAGCAUAUUGGGGAUGCAGACACGGUGGAAAAACUGAACGAGAGUGGAGAACUGAGGAAAAUGUUGAAACCUUAUAAGAGCCCCGAUGCCUGCAACACCUGCCAAAUGUGCGGCGGAUUCCGUCUGCUCCCCUGCCGUAUCUGCAACGGCUCCAAGAAGAGUCUCCACAGGAACCACUUCACGGCCGAGUUCGUUGCACUCAAGUGUAUGAAUUGUGAUGAAGUAGGCCUUGUAAGGUGCGAGGCCUGCUGCUAAGGGUGACACCUCUUCUCUUUGUGUUUAAGAACUUUAUAUAGAAUAGGCAUGGUGACUGAAAAAUUACGUGUCCAAUAUUUUUGGUAUUCCUAAAAUGCUAUCUUGUUUUUUAAACUGUCAUCACGCCUAUUCUUUUGUCGGCAUGUAAGUGUAAAAUGUUACGACGGCGAUUUUGUAUUGAAUAUACGCACAUUAUGAUUGUAAAUCAAUGUUGAAAUGUCGCAUGUAGUAGCUGUUUAGGUUCAGACCUAAAAAUAAAUGAAAAACAAAUGUUAUGAGAUUCAGUUAUAUUUUUGCUCAGGAAGUAAAAAUUGCUAUGUUUAUUUUUUAUGUAUUUUUUCGUCGUUUGGCUUUUAAAUACAAAGCAAUGACAGCUUCUAAAAAUAAACCUGUGUACGGCAAAACAGCCCAAGUUUCUUAUAUACGAAGUCUUUAAGGAUAUAACUUGGUGAACGAUUUCUUUAUUAUUUAAUUAAACUAAAGCGGAACCCUCACUAUCGUGCGCCUUGGCGUAAAUAAUAUGCGCUGCGCAUCUUUUGUUUUCAAACUAAAGUAUUUAGCUCCAUUUGCCACUUCUGCGAACCAGUAGUGGGUGAUCCGCUGAAGUAAAUGUUACAAAAUGUCAAUGAAAUUAUAAUAAAAUAAUGCUUUCUAGUAGGUAAUACUACUAUAUUUAUGAAUAAAAAAUACAUUCAGCUUAUUAUGAAAUUAAACCUUAUUGAUAAGACUUGUGGUAAUAAUUAUACUUACUCGUAUUUAAGAGACGAGAAAUUAAAGUGAUUUUUUACAAACAAAUUUUUAUCUAUUAGAUAAUUUUCUACCCUCCAACGGGCAUUUCUUUUAUUCAUAACUUUAGCUUAUUUAGAAAAAUAAUAUUAUUUCGCUAACAUUAAUACUGGUUGACCAAUUUGUAACUUCAUUUAUUUUUUGUAAAUAAUUAAUUGGUCAACUUAAGUAGUUCAUUAACAUAUAUUUUAGGUAUGUCUUCACGAUUUAAAUUUACAAGAUAUAAAUUAUUUUGUAUUUUACAUUCCAUUUUACAAAAGAGAUGUUCGUAAAAGCAAUAAUGAUGUAUUGUUCGGAUUUUCAUUCGUCUUAUAAAAAUAAAUGUAAUAAUCUAUGUACAACAUGAAACUUUCAACACAAUUAAUCGUGAAGAAAUAGUACUUAAGUAAUACCUGAAAAAAUAUUCAGAAAACAUAGGUACCGUAAGGUACGGAUAUAAAAUAAUAUGCCAUAAUUUAGCUGCAAUAUUUUAUUCUUUUUUAUACAAAUGUUUAUAGUUUUCUCUUAAACUAAGUGUAGUUUAACAUAAUGUUAAAAAUAUCGCAGUUUUUAACAAAUGUGAAGCAUGAAAAUUUAAAUUGUAUUUAUUUUUUAAAUGUGGAUAAUAUAGUGCUAAGUUAGUGAAGGUGUUUUAAGAUUCUCAAAGUUAUGGGAAUAAACUUUUGCAUGUUUA